GGUGUGACUCGAGGCAAGUUUUUACACUUCAGAGCAAAUGAAGGGAAGAGAUUUUAGAAGAAAAUAGAAUCAGGAGUUAGAACAUCUCAUCGUUGAAAAGCAGGAUGAAUACGUCAGAAGCCUACUCAUACUACGGGGGUUAUGACGAUGAAUAUUAUAACAGCUGCAUUCAGGAACCCGGUCCAGAUUUGUCCGAUGGAGCCAUGGUCCUGCCGGUUAUAUACUACGUGCUGUCUUGUCUAGGUCUGCUAGGCAACACCACAGUUCUCUGGGUUCUCCUCCGGUACAUAAAGCUGAAGACUAUGACAGACAUAUGCCUCCUCAACCUGGCUGUGUCUGACCUCAUACUGGCUGUGUCCCUGCCCCUCUGGGCCUACAAUUCCCAGAACUUUGCAUCAUGCAAGCUUAUUACAGGAGUCUAUCAGCUAGGUUUCUACAGCGGGACUUUGUUUGUGACCCUAAUGAGUGUGGACCGCUACCUGGCCAUCGUUCACGCUGUUGCAGCCAUGAGAGCGCGGACACUUCGCUAUGGAAUCACAGCCGGCAUCACUACCUGGGUUGCAUCUGUCAUCAUGGCAAUCCCUCAGGUGAUAUUUGCCUCCUUGGAGAUAAAUGCAGAUGACAACAGAUACCAGUGCCAGCCACUGUACCCAGAGGAAAGGCAACAGUUUUGGAAGAUGCUGCGAAACUUCAGUGAGAACACAGUGGGCCUUUUUGUGUGCCUCCCAAUCAUGUUUUUCUGCUAUGUGAAAAUCCUUGUUGUGCUGUCCAAGUCCAGGAACUCCAAGAAGGACAGAGCUGUAAAGCUGAUAUUCACCAUAGUGUGUGUGUUUGUGGUGUGCUGGGUCCCCUACAAUGUCAUCGUUUUCCUCCAGACCCUGCAGCUGUUUGGAUUCCUGGACACCUGUGAAGCUUCAGCAACCAUCAGUUCUGCCAUGGACUUUGCUGAGAUCAUCGCACUGUCUCACUGCUGUGUAAAUCCUGUCAUUUAUGCAUUUAUAGGGGAGAAGUUUAGGAAGUCACUGGGCAAUUUGCUGACUAGAUAUUUCUGCUGGUGUCCCCAGAACAGUCGGACGUCAUUCAGCCUCACCAUAGAUAAAGAGACUUCCAACACUCCUGUACGAUCAGAUUAUUAAAAAAUGACAAACACACAUGGCUUCUCUGGUAGUAGUUGGGCGCAUGUGUGACGCAAUGAUGCUUUUUUUUAUUCAGAGACUGUCAAAGUGUGUGGUGUGUGUGGUGUUGUGUGUGUGGUUGGUGCUUCUAAGAUCUGUAAAAUGUAAGGCAAUGCUUUAUUUUAAAAAUGUAUAGAAUUUUAUUAAGCAUUUAUUCAAAACAUGUA